AUGCGCGGUCCCGCGCAAUGCGGCCCCGAUGCGAUCCCGCGCCGAUGCGGGCGCGACCUGAUCCGAUUUCGCGAUUCGAUGCAGCCCACGCUUGGCAGGAGCAUGAGCUUCGAGGGCGUGUCCCGCGACAGCAUCAUCUCCAUCCGCGCGGGCUCCGUCCGACGCCAGGCACCGCUGAGCUCCAUAGACAAGCCCUUCAAGUUCCCGUGCACGCCCGAGGACUGCGGCUCCAUCAAGGUCGACGUCUUCGACCACGUCGGCUCCGCCAGGGGCUUCAUCAGCGGAGGCCAGCGGGACUACCAGCUGCGGUGCGAGCCGCGAGGCUCGCAGGGCGCGGGCGAGCGUGCAGCGGGAGGCGCCGCACAGGGCAUGCAGGUGUCCUUCGCCGUCCGGCCCACGGGGCAGGCGGCCAAAGGC